GCUUGCCCUGGUCGUAGUCUAAGUACGUAUCAAUAUCGGGAAUGUUUUUGUCGGGCAUAUAUCCCAAUCAUCUUAGACAUAAGUGCAAUAGCGAAAAAGCGUUUGUUUGCACAAGGAUAUAAAGGAGCUAUCAAAGUAACUAGAAUGACUUGGAAACUGAUGGUAAUGCUGCAUCGGCAGCUUCUGCUUCCCGAGGUUGCUUGUAAAGGCAGUGGUGGCAUAUAGACAUAAGCUGUUAUGCAUUUUUCCACGGGUUAUUCCCUGGAGUGAGAAGAAAAACUGGCUCCGAUAGCAAAAGUUCACCCGUCGUCUGAAAAGAGCUUAGACGUGGAGGCACCUGAAAUCGACGACUCGGAAAAGAAGAAAACACCUUCCCCAUCAAAUUCAAAACAUGGAGAUGGCAAUGCACUUCUUUCAGUUCCGAGUGGAGGGAUGCCCCUCGGCUCAGGAGUCAAUGCGUCUCAACAUGCCGGAUUCGACGCGGGGGAGAGUCCUGCGAAAGUUAUACAGCGUGCCUCACUGUUCUUUGUGCAGCCCCAGCCAGAAGACGCAGCCCAGUUAGCCAAUACGAGCAAGGAGGCCACAGAAGCAUUCCUGGACCUCCUGCACCCAUCUCUCGAACCAGAACAUGGCACGCUCCAGUACAUACGCUGGACGAUAAAAAAGGUGGUUGAUAACAUCUUCUUUCGUCUGUUGUUCGCCAUGCUGAUCAUCGCAGACAUAGCUCUGAUGAUCAUUGAUUUGGGAACACGAGAUAUGGACCAACAUUUGUAUUAUAUCGUGUGCUCUUUUACGUUUUCGUGGUUUUUUGUAAUCGAAAUUUGCCUCCGAGUUGUUGCUUUCAGCUUGCGUGCAAUGUUUCAUUUUUGGUACAACAUUGUAGAUGUCUUCAUCAUCAUUGCUUCAACAAUCGGUACAUCCUAUCUAUUUGUGGACAGGAUUGUUAGCGGGCAGUACUACAUUGCGGAAAGGCAUCGAUCACCUUUCUGGUAUUUCAUAUUUUCUCUAAGAUUCUGUCGAAUGGCUCAUUUCUUUCGACUAUACCAAGAAACCGAGAACAUCAAGCGUGCUGCAAGACAACUUGUUUCGCAAAAUAAGCGCCGGUAUCACGACGACGGAUUCGACCUUGACUUGACUUAUGUCACAGAACGGGUCAUUGCCAUGAGCUUUCCUUCUUCGGGACACAUGACCUUCUACCGAAAUCCCAUCACAGAGGUUGCUCGUUUCUUUGAGACCAAACAUGGAGGACACUACAAGAUAUAUAAUCUCUGUAAGGAAAGAGGCUACGAUGACAAGAUUUUCGAUGGCCAAGUGGAGCGAUUUUUUAUAGAAGACCACAACCCACCGACCUGCAAAGACAUGCUUAAAUUUGCAGCCAUGUCAUCCGAAUGGCUGGAAAAGGAUGAGAAAAACGUGAUAGCCGUGCAUUGCAAAGGCGGCAAAGGGAGAACGGGCACCAUGAUCUGCGUAUAUCUGGUUGAUAACGGGCUGUUUUCGACCGCUGAAGACAGCCUUUCAUACUUCGGGUACCGUCGCACGGACCUGAGCCAAGGAGACAGCUUCCAGGGCGUGGAAACCCCGAGUCAGUGCCGAUAUGUCGGAUACUACGAGGCCAUUCGCAACCACAAACACAGGCUACCGACCGAGGUGGAGCUAACGCUGAGGAGCAUUCGAAUCUGGGGCAUGGCGACUGUGGGCAAGGGUGACGGCUCUGACAUCACCCUGGUGAUCGAGUCGCCGGAAGAGGGAAAGGUCUACGAGAACCACUUCGGAAAGGGCUCCUUGCGUCUCUACGAUAAGGAAGAUGACGAAUUGUUCGUAACCUUCCAGUCAGUGCCAGCCUUUAAAGGUGACAUCCGGUUUAAGUUCAAGUGCAGUUCACGACGAGUGCCCCGAGGCUAUGAAAAAACGGCCUGGUUCUUUUGGUUUCACACUGGGUUUAUCCAACACAAUCGCCUUAAGCUGGAGAGGUCCGACUUGGACAACCCACACAAGAGCAAAACUUGGGAAGUGUUCAGGGAAAGUUUUGGUCUCGAGUGCAUCUUCCAAAAGACGAAGACUGGGAAGAUAGGCCGGCAGGGAAAGCUGAACAGAUUCUCUCGGUUCCUCGUCAACAAAGGGAAGUGACCAUAUUCGAAU